ACAGUUUAACUCUCUAACUAAGCUUAUCAAUCGAUCCACAAUACGAUACAAUGGCAACUUCGGGUGUGAAGAGCGAAAGUGAAAUCAUUCGCCCCGUUGUAGACUUCCCUCCCAGUUUAUGGGGUGACCAAUUCUAUUCAUACUCCAUUGACAAUGAGGUAAAUAUUUUCAAAUUUGCUUUAUACUUUUGAUCCACCACUUCAUAAUGUUAAGAUCUAAACAUGGUUUGUUGUGUGUCUGCAGGUUGCAGAGGCAUACGCAAAAGAGAUUGAAAUUUUGAAGAAGCAAACACGGGCGACGUUGACUAAUUCAAUCAACUACAAUGUCGCAGAGAAACUGAGAUUCAUCGACUUACUUGAACGACUCGGAGUAGCCUAUCAUUUCGAGAGAGAGAUUGAAGAUCAACUGCAGCACAUUUACAUCACCCAUCAUCAUGCACAACACUCUCAUGAUGAUUUGGAAACUGUUUCUCUUCAAUUCCGCCUGCUGAGACAACAUGGCUUCAAGAUUUCUUCUGGAAACUGUCUCAAAUAAUUUCAAUGUAGAUAUAUUCAACAACUUCGUUGAUAGCAACAGCAAAUUCAAGGAUACCUCCGAUAUCAAGGGUUUGUUGAGUCUGUAUGAAGCUUCAUAUGCGAGCACACAUGGGGAUGACGUUUUGGACGACGCACUCACUUUCACCAAGACUCGCCUUCAAUGUGUUAAUCAAAAUUUGAAAUCAGACUCCACUCUGGAGAAGCUUGUGGCGCACGCCCUCGAGCAACCAUUGCACACUGGCAUGCCUAGAAUCGAAACACGCUUUUUCAUUUCAGUUUAUGAGCAAGAAAAUGUUAUGUCUAGGAAUGACAUGUUGCUCCGCUUUGCAAAGUUAGAUUAUAACUUUCUGCAGAUGCUGCACAAACAAGAACUGAGCGAAGUGUCUAGGUUAGUCAUUCAUUCUGGUUAUCAUUUCGGUACAUUCUAUAUAUAUUCUAUAUAAAGAGGCAGCAUGUGCAUCUUCAUGCCGUUUUAAAUUUCAAGUUUUCUUACAAAUGUAGGUGGUGGAAAGAGCUAGACUUUGUGACAACUCUUCCUUAUGCAAGGGACAGAGCAGUUGAAUGCUAUUUUUGGGCACUUGGAGUGUAUUUUGAGCCGCAAUUUUCCAAGGCUCGAGUAAUGCUUGCCAAAAAUAUUUUAAUUGUUUCAAUUCUAGAUGACACUUAUGAUGCAUAUGGUACCAUAGAAGAACUGGAGGUCUACACAGAUGCUAUAUGCAAGUAAGCACUUAUAUUUUCGUAAAUCGCAAUAUAGAAUCGUCUACAAGAUUCAAUACUUUUACAAACUAUGUGUAGUAUGGCACAAUGGUUUAAGUUUGUACUAAUUAAUUUGCAUUCACUUUAGGUGGAAUGUUGACCAAAUGGAUCGCCUUCCAAACUAUAUGAAGAUAAGCUACAAAGCUUUAUUAGAUCUUUUCGACGAAGAUGUCGAAGAUCUCUCCAAGGAUGGAAGAUCAUACGCUGUUCAACACGCAAUGGAGAGGGUAAGUAUAGUAUAGUAAUUAAAUUUCGCCAUAGCAAUUUGAUGCAAUUAUUGUGCUACCUUUCUUUAAAUUUUUCAUCCAUUAUGAUCAUUUCAAAAAGCUAAUGUUGUGUUUAUUAUUCAAUUAAAUAGAUGAAGGAACUUGUGAGAUGCUACUUUAUUGAGGCCAAGUGGUUUAUUGAAGGACAUAAGCCUGUAUUUGCUGAUUACUUAAGAAAUGCAUUUGUUAGUUGCACCUACUAUUUGUUAGCCACAAUAUCUUGCUAUGGAGUGAAGUCUGCUGAUGAACAAGUAUUUGAGUGGUUAAUUAAGAAUCCAAAAAUUCUUGAGGCGAGUGUAGCUUUAUGCAGACUUAUCGACGACAUCGCUACCUUUGAUGUAAGAAAUGCAUAUAUAUAUGAUAUAAUUUGCUUCUUUUUUUGUUGAAAGAAUCCAUAUCAUUUGGUAUGGUAUAUAUAUCAUCAUAUAUGCUUAGCUAAUUAUUUCUGCUAAUUUUACAACCACAGGUUGAGAAAGAGAGGGGACAAGUUACAACAGGCAUUGAAUGCUACAUGAAUGAAUAUGGUGUAUCACUAGAAGAAGCAUUAGAAAAGUUCCAAGAAUCAGCAAAAAUUGCAUUAAAAGAUCUGAAUGAAGGAAUUCUUAAGCCAAGACCUGUAUCUGGAGAUAUACUCUGGCGUAUUGUGAACCUGGCUCGCAUUGUGUUUGUUACAUAUCAGCACAACCAAGACGGAUACACUCAUCCUGAAAAAGUCCUGAAACCUCACAUAAUAGCUUUGCUUGUGGACUCUCUGCCACUCUAGCUUAUCAAUAACGUACUCCAUGUAUUAAGGUCGGGGUAAUGCUUGAUAUUUCCUUUGGUCAAAAAGAAAAACAGUGUCCUUCAUUUGUAUUUUUUUUCAAUUGUCUUUGAAUUCAUAUAGUAUAUGUGUGCACGUGGAAUACCUAAAUUGUACAUCUAUGUAGUUUAUUCUUGAGCUACUAAUAAUAUCAUGUAAUAACCUUAAUCUUCAAUAUUGCCUUUCAGCUUUCACAUAUAAAGAGAUAUGAUACCUACACAAACCAGAACUAAACCCAGAUAUUGUUCAGAGAAGCAAUAUUCCUGUAAAUAAAGCAACACUACUACGGUCUACAACUUAUUUCUUCUAUCCUCGCAAUAUAGGCUCAGGCCCAACUGCACAAAAGCUAACAUACUAGAGUCUACAACUUAAUUUUCCCAUCAUCUAUGGGCAGUGCAGUGCCCCCAUCUAUGUAAACUUAAUAAAAAAAUUACAGUGGGUAACAAUGAAGAACAAAAGUAAGUUACUUGAUAUUCUUCUAAUUUGCAGUAACUAAAUAUGUUAAAAUGUAGCCAAAAUGACUAGUAGGUUUAUUGUGUCAUUCAUGAUUCCACGAAAAUCCCAAAACGGAAGCUUAAAUUUUAAAAAGAAUGCGGCCUAUGUAGUUUUAUUGUAUCAUUCAUCAUUCAAACAAUAAUGAUAUCAUUGCCGUAAAAAAUGACUAGUUGAAUCCUAUUUUCUGUUCUAUUGAGCAUUGAAUAUUGAUAUCAAUUAUCACACAAAAGAUAGGAACAUGAGCUUUUCUUUUCAAUAAAAGACACUUAACUUUUUCAACAAAAAAAGACACUUGAAUAAUUGUUUUAAAAGAAAAUCCAAAUAUACAAUCAGUAUUUAGAAUUCCAUUAGGACACAAUCUAUCUAUAUGAGCUCGUCCAAAGCAUGGGUUAAUAACCUGUAUUUCUUAACAUUAGGAUGACAUUUAGCAAAAACAUUAACAUCAGUAUGACAUUUUUAACCUCCAACACCAGCCCUCCAAUUUUUGUCCAAUAUGAGAUAUAGAGUUUAAAUUCAAAGCAGUCAGUAUAUUCUUUCAUAUGCUAAUGACGGAGAAAUACAGUUUGUUCAUUUGGGUAUGUGUUACCUUCUCCAGGGAAACAAAGGCCGAUAAUUCUGUUGUCUUCUCUUGAGAAACCUGAACAAAGUUGAAGACAAGAAAAAAGAGGAAAUUGAAUAGCGGAGAAGACAAGUGUGAACAAAACUUCGGCACCAAAACUAGAACAAAAUAAAAAUAAAAAUCAACAUUUCUAACCACGUCCCUAACAUCCAUCCUUCAAUUGAAUGAUAUAAGAGCAAAGAUGUUUUCCCAAAAGAUGAAAUUGAUAAACCAUACCGCAUUCAGACCAAGAUGGAGGGCGAAAGGGGCCGACAGGGAGCGCUAAAGGGUACAGUCGAAAUAAAAAUAUACUCCUUCC